GUAAUUGCUGCCAUGGGAAGACACUUGACUAUGCUUUUGCUGCUACUGCUGCUGGUGCAGCAUUUUGGAAACUGUGAAGCAAAUCCAAGGCCACAUAAUGCUCCACCAAUGCAAUUUACACAAGUACAGUAUAAUGCCACUGUGUAUGAGAAUUCUGCAGCCAAGACAUAUGUUGGACAUCCAGUGAAAAUGGGUAUUUACAUUACAAAUCCACUGUGGGAUCUAAGGUACAAAAUUGUUUCUGGUGAUACUGAGAACUUGUUCAAAGCUGAGGAGUACGUUCUUGGAAACUUUUGCUUUUUGAGAAUACGGACCAAGGGAGGAAACACGGCUAUACUUAACAGAGAGGUGAAAGACCAUUACAUGCUGACUGUUAAAGCAGUUGAAAAAAACACCAAUGCUGAAACACGCACAAAGGUCAGGGUGCAGGUACUGGAUACAAAUGACUUACGACCUUUGUUUUCUCCAACAUCUUACAGUGUGUCUUUGCCUGAAAAUACAGCAAUAAGGACAAGCAUCGCAAGAGUCAGUGCAACUGAUGCAGAUAUAGGGACAAAUGGAGAGUUCUACUAUAGCUUUAAAGAAAGAACGGAUAUGUUUGCUAUACAUCCAACUAGUGGCGUGGUAGUUUUGACUGGUAGACUUGAUUACUCGGACACUAAGCGUUAUGAGAUGGAAAUUCUUGCAGUGGACCGUGGAAUGAAACUGUAUGGUAGCAGUGGCAUCAGCAGUAUGGCAAAGCUUACUGUCCAUGUAGAGCAAGCAAACGAAUAUGCCCCAGUAAUUACAGCUGUCACACUGGCUCCAUCAGAACUGGACAGGGAUCCAACUUACGCAAUUGUAAAUGUGGAGGACAAUGAUCAGGGUUCAAAUGGAGAAAUAGCAUCAUUAAGUAUUGUUGCUGGUGAUCCACUUCAGCAGUUCAAAACAGUCAGGUCUGUUCCAGGAGGUAAAGAAUACAGAGUCAAAGCUGUUGGGUACAUUGACUGGGAGAGCCACCCAUUUGGAUACAACCUUACCCUUCAAGCUAAAGAUAAAGGGAACCCUCCACAGUUUUCGUCUGUAAAAGUUAUUCACGUAACCUCACCACAGUUUAAGUUAGGUCCGAUCAGAUUUGAAAAAGAAGUGUAUAGAGCUGAAAUAAGUGAAUUUGCUCCUCCAGGCACACCUGUGGUAAUGUUAAAAGCUCUACCUAGUUACCCACAUUUGAAGUAUCUUUUUAAAAAUACACCAGGCAAAGUAAGAUUCAACUUAAACCCUCGUACUGGUCUCGUUACCACCUUAGAACCAAUAAAAGCACAAUAUUCAUCCCAUUUUGAACUUGAAGUUGUGACAAGUGACAGAAGAGCUUCUGCAAAAGUACUCAUUAAGGUACUGGGCAUGAACAGCAAUCCUCCUGAAUUUACUCAGACAUCCUAUAAAGCCUCCUUUGAUGAAAACGUGCCGAUAGGUACUAGUGUCAUGAGAGUAAGUGCAAAAGAUCCUGAUGAAGGGGAGAAUGGCUAUGUGACCUAUAGCAUUGCAAACCUAAAUCCUUUGCCAUUUGUGAUUAACCAUUUCAAUGGGAUUAUUAGUACUUCAGAAGACUUGGAUUACGAAUUGAUGCCGAGGGUUUACAAUUUAAGGAUCCGUGCUUCUGAUUGGGGUAUACCAUAUCGUCGAGAAGUUGAAGUUCCUGUAACUAUUAUUUUAAAUAAUUUGAAUGACAAUAUACCAUUGUUUGAGAAAAUCAAUUGUGAAGGAACAAUCCCCAGGGAUCUUGGUGUUGGAGAGCAAAUAACUACUGUAUCUGCUAUUGAUGCUGAUGAGCUCCAGUUGGUCAGAUACCAAAUUGAAUCUGGAAAUGAGCUAGAUUUAUUUAGCUUAAAUCCAAAUUCUGGGGUACUUUCACUCAAGCAGUCACUAAUAGACGGUCUAGGUGCUAAAAUAUCUUUCCACAGCUUGAAAAUUACAGCCACAGAUGGAGAGAACUUUGCAAAACCGUUGUAUAUCAACAUAACUGUAGCUGCCAGUCGCAAACCAGUCAGCUUGCAAUGUGAAGAAACUGGCGUUGCCAAAAUGCUGGCAGAGAAACUCUUACAAGCAAAUAAAUUGCACAGUCGUGGAGAAGUUGAAGAUAUUUUCUUUGACACUCACUCUCUGAAUCUGCAUGCACCUCAGUUUAGAAGUGGUCUCCCCAGUGGCAUUGAGGUGAGAGAAGACCUGCCUGUGGGCUCCAGCAUAAUACUCRUGAAUGCUACUGAUCUUGACACUGGCUUCAAUGGAAAGCUAGUGUAUGUUAUCUCUGGAGGUAACGAAGAUAGCAGCUUUAUUGUUGAUAUGGAGAAGGGAAUGCUGAAAAUUUUGUCUCCCCUCGACCGAGAAGUAAAAGAUAGAUAUACUUUGAAUAUUACRGUCUAUGAUCUUGGAAUACCACAGAAGUCUGCCUGGCACCUUUUAGAUAUAAGAAUUUUGGAUGCUAAUGACAACCCACCAGAGUUCCUACAAGACAGCUAUUUUGUUGAAGUGCGUGAAAACAAAGAACUAGACAGUGAAAUUAUUCAAGUUGAAGCCACUGAUAAAGAUUUGGGGUCUAAUGGAGAAGUGAAAUACUCUCUUCUUACAGAUACAGACAAGUUUACUAUUAAUGCUGCCACAGGAGUUGUGAAAGUUGCAGGGGCUUUGGAUCGUGAAGAACAGCAUGUCUAUUUCCUGAAAAUAGAGGCUAGGGACCAGUCUACUGAAGAACCUCAAUUAUUUUCAACAGUUACUUUGAAAGUAUCUAUAGAAGAUGUUAAUGACAAUGCCCCUAGAUUUAUUCCCUCAAAUUAUCAUGUAAAAAUUCGAGAAGAUCUUCCUGAGGGAACCAUUGUUACGUGGUUAGAAGCCUACGAUCCUGAUUUAGGCCAGUCAAGUCAAGUACGAUACAGCCUUCUGGACAGUGCAGAUGGUACCUUUGAUGUGGAUAAAAUAAGCGGAGCAAUACGUAUUGUGCAAAGACUGGAUUAUGAAAAGAAACAGCUUUAUAAUCUGACUGUGCGGGCYAAGGACAAAGGAAAACCCAUUUCUUUGUCCUCUACGUGUUAUGURGAGGUUGAAGUAGUUGAUGUAAAUGAAAACUUGCACCCUCCACGGUUCUCCRUCUUCGCAGACAAGGGCUUUAUAAAAGAAGAUGCUCCUGUUGGUUCAUCAGUGAUGACAGUAUCUGCUUAUGAUGAGGACGCAGGACGAGAUGGGGAGAUUAGAUAUUCCAUCAGAGAUGGAUCUGGUUUAGGAGUUUUCCGAAUAGACGAAGAAAAAGGUAUUAUAGAGACUGCUGAUCAUCUGGACUGUGAGACUACUUCCCAUUACUGGUUAACCAUUUAUGCAACAGACCAAGGUGUUGUGCCUCUAUCRUCUUUCAUCGAAAUCUACAUAGAAGUCGGGGAUGUUAAUGAUAAUGCCCCUCAGACAACAGAACCAGUUUAUUACCCAGAAGUCAUGGAAAACUCGCCUAAAGAUGUGUCCGUUGUGCAGAUUGAGGCAUUUGAUCCAGAUUCCAGCUCAAGCGAGAAGUUAACCUACAAGAUUACUAGUGGAAAUCCACAGGGCUUCUUUUCAAUAAAUCCCCAGACUGGUCUAAUUACAACUACAUCUAGAAAACUAGAUCGAGAACAGCAGGGAGAACACAUUUUGGAGGUGACUGUAACAGACAACGGUAUUCCCGCAAAAUCAACUGUUGCACGAGUGAUUGUGAAGGUUUUAGACGAGAAUGACAAUAAGCCCCAAUUCCUGCAAAAGUUCUACAAAAUCCAGCUUCCGGAGCGGGGCAAGCCAGACCGCGAGCGCGCCGCCAGGAGGGAGCCCAUCUACCGCGUCAUUGCCGCCGACAAGGACGAGGGGCCCAACGCAGAGAUCUCCUACAGCAUUGAAGAGGGCGAUGAACACGGCAAAUUCUUUAUUGAGCCCAAAACUGGAGUGGUUUCGUCCAAGAAGGUUUCGGCAGCCAGGGAAUAUGAUAUCCUUUCAAUUAAAGCUGUAGAUAACGGUCGCCCACAGAAAUCAUCAACUACACGGCUUCAUAUAGAAUGGAUUCCAAAGCCAACCCCACCUCCAGAGCCCAUUUAUUUUGAGGAAACAUUUUUUUCUUUUACGGUGAUGGAGAGUGAUCCAGUUGCUCACAUGAUUGGCGUAAUAGCUGUUGAACCCCUUGGAACACCACUUUGGUUUGACAUUACGGGAGACAAGCUUGCUAGUGAAGUAUUUUACAUCUUUCAGAUGGCUUGUGACCUGAACUGUACAGCAGAAGGUGGCAACUACGACAGUCGAUUUGACGUGGACAAAGGCACUGGCACCAUCGUUGUCGCUAGACCGCUCGAUGCAGAGCAGAGAUCCAAUUACAACUUGACAGUAGAGGCAACAGAUGGAACCAGAACUAUCAGCACUCAGGUGUACAUCAAAGUAAUAGAUACAAAUAAUCACAGGCCUCAGUUUUCCACUUCAAAAUAUGAAGUUGUUAUACCUGAAGACACUGUACCAGAGACAGAAAUUUUGCAAGUCAGUGCCACAGACAGAGACGAGAAGAAUAAACUGAUUUAUACUAUGCAGGGUAGCACUGAUCCCAUCAGUCUCAAAAAAUUUCGUCUGGACCCGGCAACUGGCACUCUCUAUACUUCAGAAAAACUGGACCAUGAGACCAUGAACCAGCAUAUUCUUACAGUCAUGGUUCGAGAUCAGGAUGUUCCUGUGAAGCGCAACUAUGCCAGGAUCAUCAUUAACGUGAGUGACACCAACGAUCACGCACCGUGGUUCACCAGCACUUCCUACGAGGGACGGGUGUACGAGUCGGCAGCUGUGGGAUCAGCAGUGCUCCAGGUUACAGCUUUAGAUAAGGACAAAGGGAAAAAUGCAGAAAUUGUGUAUUCUAUUGAGUCAGGGAAUAUUGGAAAUGCCUUCUCUAUAGAUCCCAUUUUGGGUAUAAUUAAAAUUGCCAAAGAACUGGAGCGGAGUAACCAGGAAGAGUACAACUUGGUAGUGAAAGCCACGGACAGAGGGGAUCCUCCGCUGAGUGAAGCGACUUCUGUGCGUGUGUUUGUCACCGUUUCCGAUAACGCCUCCCCCAAAUUCACAGCCAAGGAGUACUCCGCCGAAAUCAGUGAGAGUGCCAGCCUGGGCUCGUUUGUCGGGAUGGUGACAGCGUACAGUCAGUCGUCCGUGGUUUAUGAAAUAAGAGAUGGUAAUAUAGGUGAUGCCUUUGCUAUCAACCCAAACUCGGGUGUUAUCGUCUCUCAGAAGUUACUUGAUUUUGAAACUUUGCCUGUUUACGUGCUGACUGUGCAGGGGACAAACAUGGCUGGCUUGUCCACUAAUGCAACCGUUCUGGUGCAUCUGCGCGAUGAGAAUGACAAUGCACCAGUUUUCACACGAGCUGAAUAUACAGGACUCAUCAGUGAAUCGGCUUCAAUUAACAGCGUGGUUCUGACUGACAAGAAYGUGCCACUAGUAAUUCGAGCUACAGAUGCUGAUAAAGAGUCAAAUGCUUUGCUUGUUUAUCAGAUUGUUGAACCGUCUGUCCACAAGUACUUUGCCAUCGAUUCUAGCACGGGUGCCAUCCGGACUGUGAUGAGCCUGGACUAYGAGGAGACGAAUAUUUUCCACUUUUCAGUGCAAGUGCAUGAUAUGGGGAUACCCCGCUUAUAUGCAGACUAUGCAGCUAAUGUUACUAUUUAUGUAAUUGACAUCAAUGAUUGCCCUCCUGUGUUUUCCAAAGAGUUGUAUGAGACAUCCAUUUUGGUUCCCACCUACAGAGGAGUGAAAGUCAUCAGCGUAAAUGCCACUGACGCCGAUUCGGGCAUUUUUUCACAAUUAAUUUAUUCCAUUAUUGAAGGCAACAUUGGAGAAAAAUUUUCCAUAAACCCUAAAACCGGAGUUAUAACAGUACAAAAUACCACUCAGUUGCGGAGCAGAUACGAGUUAACAGUUAGAGCAUCCGAUGGCAGAUUUGCAAGCACUGCAUCGGUAAAAAUUAAUGUGAAAGAAAGCAAAGGAAGCCAACUGAAGUUCACACAGAGCUCGUACUCUGCAACAGUGCAGGAGAAUUCCACUGAGGCAAAGACAAUAGCUGUUGUCACUGCUAUAGGGAAUCAAAUAAAUGAGCCUUUGUUCUAUCACAUUCUAAAUCCAGACAGCAGAUUUAAAAUAAGCUAUACUUCAGGAGUCCUUUCGACAACCGGAAUACCUUUUGAUCGGGAACAGCAAGAAUCUUUUGAUGUGGUGAUAGAAGUGACGGAGGAGCAUAAACCAUCAGUUGUGGCUCACGUUGUGGUUAAAGUCACCGUGGAAGACGUAAACGAUAACGCUCCAGUUUUUGUCAAUCUUCCCUAUUACGCUGUUGUUAAAGUAGACUCUGAAGUAGGCCAUGUGAUUCGACGUGUCACUGCUGUAGAUAAAGAUACAGGCAGAAAUGGGGAGGUACAUUACUAUCUCAAAGAACAUCAUGAACACUUCCAAAUUGACCCCACUGGAGAAAUUUCCCUGAAGAAAAAAUUUGAACUUGACACGCUAAAUAAGGAGUAUAUGGUCACAGUGGUGGCAAAAGAUGGAGGAGAACCAGCUUUCACMGCUGAAGUAGUAGUUCCAAUUACAGUUAUGAAUAAAGCUAUGCCAGUUUUUGAAAAGCCUUUUUACAGUGCAGAGAUACCAGAAAACAUUCAGCUCCAUAGCCCUGUUGUGCAUGUACAAGCAAACAGCCCGGAAGGACUUAAGGUGUUUUACAGCAUCACGGAUGGAGAUCCUUUCAAUCAGUUCACUAUCAACUUCAACACCGGAGUCGUAAAUGUUGUCGCCCCUCUCGACUUUGAGGCUCAUCCAGCCUACAAACUGAAUAUCCGAGCAACAGACUCCCUAACUGGGGCUCAUGCUGAUGUCUUUGUCGACAUAAUAGUGGAAGACAUCAAUGAUAAUCCUCCUGUGUUUACCAAGCAGUCUUACACCGUGACCCUUUCUGAGGCUUCUGUCAUUGGAACAUCUGUUGUACAAGUGAGUGCUACGGAUGCUGAUUCUGGAACAAACAGAGGCAUUUCCUACCACCUAGUCGAGGAUAAUAGUGGAAGCCAAGACUUCUUCCACAUUGACAGUGUUACUGGACUCAUUCUGACAGCAAGAACUUUGGACUAUGAACAAAUUCAACAGCACAAAUUACUAGUUAGGGCCAUAGAUGGUGGCAUGCUGCCUUUGAGCAGUGAUAUUGUUGUCACUGUUGAUGUAACUGAUCUCAAUGAUAACCCCCCGCUGUUUACCCAGUUGCUUUAUGAAGCUAAAAUUAGUGAACUGGCUCCUCGUGGGCAUUUUGUGACAUGUGUACAGGCCUCAGAUGCGGACAGUUCUGAUGCUGACAAGCUGGAAUACUCCAUUCUGACAGGCAACGACCACAUGAAUUUUGUAAUUAAUAGUAAAACUGGCAUCAUCACCAUCUCAAACCUACGCAGACAGACCCUCAAGUCACAUUAUAAUCUUAAUGUGUCUGUGUCUGACGGAGUCUUCAGAAGCUCAGCCCAAGUGCACGUUAUUGUAACCAGUGCCAAUAUGCAUAACCCAGUUUUCAGCCAGAAUGAGUACGAGGUGGAACUAGCUGAAAAUGCCCCCUUACAUACUUUGGUGACUGAAGUUAARGCAACAGAUGAAGAUUCUGGUACUUAUGGCCACAUCACUUACCACAUAGUAAAUGACUUUGCCAAAGAUAGGUUUUACACAAACAAGAGAGGGCAGAUAUUUACCUCAGAAAAGCUUGACCGUGAAACACAAGCUGAAAAAGUAAUUGCCAUAAGUUUAAUGGCCAAAGAUUCAGGAGGAAAAGUUGCUUUCUGUACAGUUAAUGUAAUCCUUACAGAUGACAAUGAUAACGCUCCUCAAUUCCGAGCAACAGAAUACGAAGUAAAUAUCGGAUCUGAUGUUCCAAGGGGAACUUCCGUCAUCAAAGUCUGGGCAUCUGAUGCGGAUGAGGGUACAAAUGCAGACAUCACAUAUGCUAUUGAAGCAGAGUCUGAAAGUGUUAAAGAGAAUUUGGAAAUCGAUUCAUUGUCAGGGGUMAUUACUACAAAAGAAAGCUUAAUUGGAUUAGAAAAUGAGUUUCUAACCUUCUUUGUUAGAGCAGUAGAUGGUGGUUCCCCCUCAAAGGAGUCCGUUGUUCCUGUCUAUGCUAGAAUACUCCCACCAGAAGUGCCUCUCCCCAGAUUUUCAGAACCAUUUUAUUCUUACACUGUUUCUGAAGACCUUCCAAUUGGAGCUGAGAUAGAUAUUGUCAAAGCAGAGCAUAACCAGACUUUGGUGUAUAGGCUUGUUAAAGGGAAUACUCCUGAAAGCAAUAAGGAUGAUUUUUUUGUAAUUGACCGACAAAGUGGGAGACUGAAGCUUGAGAAGAAGCUUGAUCAUGAAACAACUAAGUGGUACCAGUUCUCAGUGCUAGCACAGUACGCGAAUGAAGGUUAUGAUGUUGUUUCCUCAGUGGAAGUAAGCAUUCAGGUAAAAGAUGCAAAUGAUAAUAAACCAGUUUUGGAGUCUAAUCCCUAUGAAGCAUUUGUUGUGGAAAACAUGCCUGCUGGAACAAGAGUCAUCCAAGUUAAAGGAACUGAUUUAGAUUCAGGACUCAACGGGCAGGUUACUUACAGCUUAGAUCCUUCGCAAGAACUGGACAUUUUAGAGUCUUUCGCCAUAAACAUGGAAACUGGUUGGAUAAUCACUCUCAAGGAGCUCGAUCAUGAGAAACRGGACAACUACAAAAUUACAGUGGUUGCCUCAGACCGGGGGGAGAAAACCCAGCUAUCUUCUAUGGCAGUGGUUGAAGUUACUGUUACAGAUGUGAAUGACAACCCUCCACGCUUUACUGCAGAGAUAUAUAAAGGGACAGUCAGCGAGGAUGACCCUCCUGGUGGGGUCAUUGCCAUCCUGAGUACCACUGAUGCUGAUACAGAAGAAGCCAAUAGACAAGUCUCCUAUUACAUUACAGGAGGUGAUCCCUUGGGACAGUUUGCUGUGGAAAAUAUACAGAAUGAAUGGAAAGUCUAUGUCAAAAAGCCUCUGGACAGGGAAGAAAAGGACAAUUACCUUCURAAUAUUACGGCUACUGAUGGGACCUUUGCAGCUAAAGCUGUGGUGGAGGUUAAAGUUCUUGAUGCUAAUGAUAACAGCCCUGUUUGUGAAAAGGCUUUGUACAGCGAUACUGUUCCUGAGGAUGCCCUUCCUGGCAAACUGAUAAUGCAGGUAUCUGCCACGGAUGCAGACAUUCGUUCCAAUGCUGAAAUCACCUAUACGCUGCAUGGCACAGGCGCAGAAAAGUUCAGACUGACUCCAGACACAGGUGAACUGAAAACAUUAAUGCCACUUGAUCGUGAGCAGCAAGCMGUUUAUCAUCUUCUAGUGAAAGCCACAGAUGGAGGAGGAAGAUUCUGCCAGGCUAAUAUUAUUYUGACUCUGGAAGAUGUGAAUGAUAACGCCCCGGAGUUUACAGCUGAUCCUUACUCCAUCACUGUGUUUGAAAACACAGAGCCUAAAACACUUUUAACGAGAGUGCAGGCAACAGAUGCAGAUACAGGGAUAAACCGUCGAAUCCACUAUUCACUGGUGAACUCUGCAGAAGGCCAGUUCUCUAUUGACGAAUUCUCUGGAAUCAUCCGGCUGGAGAAACCUUUGGAUCGAGAGCUGCAGGCUGUGUACACGCUGACUCUGAGGGCUACAGAUGAAGGCUUACCUAGAAGACUCUCUUCCACAAGUAGCCUUAUAGUGUCUGUUUUGGAUAUAAAUGACAAUCCACCUGUGUUUGAGCAUAGGGAGUAYAGUGCCAGCGUAUCAGAGGACACUUUGGUUGGGACUGAGGUUCUACAGAUCUAUGCUGCGAGCAGGGACAUCGAAGCCAAUGCUGAAAUCACAUACUCCAUAGUCAGUGGGAAUGAACACGGAAAAUUCAGUAUUGAUUCCACCACAGGAGCCAUUUUUAUCAUUGAGAACCUGGAUUAUGAAGUUUCCCAUGAGUAUUACUUGACAGUAGAAGCCACAGAUGGAGGAACACCUUCAUUAAGUGAUGUGGUAACCGUGAAUAUUAAUGUAACAGAUAUCAAUGACAACACUCCUGUGUUUAGCCAAGACACUUACACUGCAGUAAUCAGCGAAGAUGCUAUCCUUGAACAGUCAGUCAUUACGGUUAUGGCGGAUGAUGCCGAUGGACCUUCAAACAACCACAUUCACUACUCAAUUAUAGAUGGCAAUCAGGGAAAUCCUUUUACAAUUGACCGUACCAGUGGUGAAAUAAAAGUGACUAAACUUUUGGACAGAGAAAAAAUUUCAGGCUACACCUUGACAGUUCAAGCUUCAGAUAAUGGAAACCCACCCAGACUUAACACGACUACAGUUAAUAUUGAUGUUUCUGAUGUAAAUGACAAUCCACCAGUAUUCUCUAAGGGAAACUAUAGUGUCAUCAUCCAGGAAAACAAGCCUAUUGGGUUCAGCGUGCUGCAGCUGGUGGUGACGGACAAGGAUUCUUCUCACAACGGCCCUCCUUUUCUCUUCACCAUCCUGAGUGGAAAUGAAGAGGGCACCUUCCAGAUCAGCCAUCAGGGAGUGCUGACAACUGCGGCAGCCCUGAAUCGCAGAGUGAGGGAGCACUACUUGCUUCACGUGAAGGUGGCAGACAAUGGAAAACCACAGUUGUCAUCUUUGACUUACGUUGACAUUAGAGUCAUUGAGGAAAGCAUUUAUUCUCCAGCAAUUCUACCACUCGAAAUCUUUAUUACAGCCUUUGGGGAAGAAUAUUCUGGUGGUGUCAUUGGAAAAGUUCAUGCGACUGAUCAGGAUGUUUAUGAUACCUUGACCUACAGUCUGGACCCCAAAAUGGAAUCCCUGUUCUCUGUUUCCAGUACUGGUGGCAAGCUAAUAGCGCACAAAAAGUUGGAUGUAGGACAAUACCUCCUAAAUGUCACUGUUACGGAUGGAAAAUUUACAACCUCAGCUGAUAUUACGGUGCAUAUCAGACAAAUAACGCAGGAUUUGCUAAACCACAGCAUUGCAAUACGCUUUGCAAACCUUGCCCCUGAAGAAUUCAUUGGUGAUUACUGGCGCAAUUUCCAGCGGGCUUUGAGAAACGUACUGGGUGUGAGGAGAAACGACAUCCAGAUUGUUAGUCUGCAGCCUUCUGAUCCGCCUUCCAACCUUGACGUCCUCCUGAACAUUGAAAGAUCUGGCAGCUCUCAGCACCCUAUGAGAAUUUUGCUCCACAAGAUAAACUCUUCUGUGGCUGACCUGGAGGAGAUCUUGGGCGUCCGGAUAAUUGAUGUUUUCCAUAAGCUUUGUGCAGGCCUAAACUGCCCUUUGAAAUUUUGUGAAGAAAAAGUAACAGUAGAUGAGAACAUCAUGUCAACUCACAGCACAGCCCGCCUGAGUUUUGUCACUCCACGUCAUCACAGAACAGCAGUUUGUCUCUGCAAAGAAGGGAGAUGCCCUCUGGUGAACAGCAUGUGCGAAGGAAACCCCUGCCCUGAAGGCACUGAAUGUCUAGGAGAUCCGAAGGAAGGAAAAUACUCCUGUGUUUGCCAUGACAGCAAAACUGGACAGUGUCCCGCACCAGCUGGAUCUGCUGUGACAUUUACUGGGAGCAGCUACGUGAAAUACCGCCUCCUGGAAAGCGAGAACAAGGAGGAGAUGAAGCUCACGAUGCGGCUUCGCACGUACUCCGCUCACGCCGUGGUUAUGUACGCCCGAGGCACGGACUACAGCAUCCUGGAGAUUCACCAUGGAAGGCUGCAGUAUAAAUUUGACUGUGGCAGCGGGCCCGGGAUCGUCUCCGUUCAGAGCAUCCCGGUUAACGAUGGCCAGUGGCAUUCGGUUUCCCUUGAAGUGGACGGGAACUACGCACGGCUUGUCCUGGAUAGGGUGCACACGGCAUCGGGCACCGCGCCGGGGACGCUGCGCACGCUGAACCUCGACAAUCACGUGUUCUUUGGGGGCCACAUUCGGCAGCAAGGCACGAGGCACGGCAGGAGCCCUCAGGUUUCCAAUGGUUUCAGAGGAUGUAUGGACUCUAUUGUGCUCAAUGGGCAAGAGCUGCCUCUGAACAGCAAGCCGCGGAAUUACGCRCACAUGGAAGAGUCCGUAGACGUGGCUCCCGGGUGCUUGCUGACCACCACAGAAGGUUGCUCAAGCAGCCCGUGUCAGAACGGAGGCAUCUGCAAUGCACUGUCAAAUGGAGGUUACUACUGCAAGUGUCCUCCUCUGUUUAUGGGAACUCACUGUGAUGUAAGUGUCAACCCAUGUGCUUCCAACCCCUGCCUUUACGGUGGGACCUGCAUCCCCGUCAGUGACGAUUUUAUCUGCCAGUGCCGGGGACAGUACACAGGCCAAAGAUGCCAGCUGGGUCCCUAUUGCAAAGACAAUCCUUGUAAAAACAGUGGCAAGUGUAUUGACAGUUUGGAUGGGCCUGUUUGCGAGUGUGAAGCAGGCUUCCGUGGAGAAAGGUGCUUGGCCGACGUGGAUGAGUGCGUGGAAAACCCRUGUCUUAACGGCGCCCUCUGCGAGAACACGUACGGCUCCUAUCACUGCAACUGCAGCCACGGCUUUGGAGGGAAACACUGUACGGACAUUGUUCUGAACAAAUACGUUUCAACAUCCUGGAACAUUAGCUUAGCUGAAGUAAUUGGAAUUAUCGUGUUCGUCGCAGGAAUACUCCUGUUAGUUGGGAUUUUUGUUAUUUGCCGCAAAGUCAUUAAUAGAAGGAAGAAACAGCAGCCAGAGCCUGAAGACAAGCAACUGGGAGCUACAACAGCUUUCCUGCAAAGACCUUAUUUUGAUUCAAAACUGAAUAAGAACAUUUAUUCUGACGUCCCACCGCAGGUUCCUGUCCGUCCCAUUUCCUACACUCCGAGCAUCCCAAGUGACUCCAGGAACAAUCUGGACAGGAAUUCCUUUGAGGGCUCUGCCAUCCCUGAGCACCCAGARUUUAGUACUUUUAACCCAGACUCGGUGCAUGGGCAUCGAAAAGCUGUCGCUGUUUGCAGUGUGGCACCAAACCUGCCACCUCCACCCCCCUCCAACUCGCCUUCUGACAGCGAUUCAAUACAGAAGCCCAGCUGGGAUUUCGACUAUGACACUAAAGUAGUAGAUCUYGAUCCCUGCCUUUCAAAAAAGCCUCUGGACGAAAAGACCUCGCAUCCUUACAGCGCUCGCGAGAGCCUCUCGGAGGUGCAGUCCCUCAGCUCCUUCCAGUCGGAAUCGUGUGAUGACAACGCUUCCAUAGUGACUGUAAUACACCUUGUCAAUGCUGUUGUUGACUCGGUGGAAAAAGAAGAAUCUUUUGCUGUUCCUGACCUCAGCAAUUCAAGAGGUUAUCACUGGGAUACAUCAGACUGGAUGCCAAGCGUCCAACUGCCAGGUAUCCAGGAGUAUCCAAACUACGAGGUGGUUGAGGAGGCAGCUCCCCUCUACACCGACCCAAACGCCCUCGAUACGGACUAUUACCCCGGCGGUUACGACAUCGAGAGCGACUUCCCGCCCCCRCCCGACGACUUCCCCGCUCCCGACGAGCUCCCGCCCUUGCCCCCCGAAUACAGCGACCAGUUUGAGUCCAUCCAGCCGCCCAGAGACAUGCCGGCCGCGGGGAGCCUCGCGUCCUCCACGAGGAGCAGGCAGAGGUUCCACCUCAACCAGUACCUGCCCCACCACUACCCCGCGGACAUGUCGGAGCCGCAGAGCGCGAGCGGCGCCUACCGAGAACCUUUCGCUGCUCCCUACGCGCCGGGCUACGGCAGGGAGCUGGAGGCGCCCGCCGCCGACAGCGUCUCCGUGUCCGCCUACGCCUCCACGGCGUCCUGCUCCGACGUGUCAGCCUGCUGCGAGAUGGAGUCCGAGGUCAUGAUGAGUGACUAUGAGAGCGGAGACGACGGGCAUUUCGAAGACGUGAAAAUCCCUCCGCUCGAUUCCCAGCAACAUACGGAAGUCUGACACUCACACGCAACAAAAGUGCCUGGACUUAACGAACUCUCUCAAUGCUAGAACAACCUUCAAGAGCUUUUCUUAUUUCCUUCCUUUGGUUUUUUUUUUUCCUCUCCAGCCACAGCGAAUGCUAAACUGCCCUGGCUGCACUGGGUCAUGCAGCUCCUUUCACUAAAUCAGCCUAUUUCCAGGUGCUGACCUACUGUAAUUGGAGAGCACCAACAUUUCCAUUGGCUGUGCCAUUUCUCAUCAUGUCUUUUGUACUUACAUUGUCUAUGUUAAAAGAAACACAUACACCUUCUCCAUGUUUGCAUGAUGCAUAUAUUUAUAUAGUUCUAAUGCAAAUAUAAUUUUCUCCUACUUUUUGUAAAUGUUAUGUACAGUUUGAUUUUAAUAGUUUUAACUAGAUUUUUGUAGAUAUUUUGUGAAUUUGUUUUCCACUGAAAUUAGUGGUGUUAGUGUGCCAUUAAAGACUUGCACCCUGACUUACUAUAAUCAGGGCAUCACUGUAUGUAUUCCUCCCUCUCCAAAACUAAGGUUGGACAUUUCAUUAUGAAGCAGAAAUCAACUAUCUACACAAUUCCAAUUGUACAUAGGGUAGGUCUGAUAUUUUUCUGGGUCAGCUAUAUGGAAAUGUCUUAAAUGGGUUGCUGUAUUUGAGAACUGUAAACAUUUUUUUCCCUUCCUGGAAAGUGUGUUGAGGACCCUCUGCAUACCAGUUCAGAACCAAAACCACCCUGACACAGUUUUUAUAGUGUCUGUAUAUUUGUGAUCCAAUGG